UUAACUUUUUCCAUUUCUCUCCACCAUGGAAGUAAAAAAAGACCCAUAUUCUAGCUAGGGUGCAGUGAAAAGAAAAGGUGGUUUACUACUCUACAGUUUCGCGCUCCAGAAUCAGUUACAUUCAUUCAUUCAUUCAUGUCUUCUUCUUCCUCUCAAGUGGGUUACUUGGUUCCUCUGAAUCAAAAUUUGGAAGAUGAAAAAGAAGAAAAAGCUUCAAUCCCUAAGUUACCUAUCUCAAAAGGCACAAAUAUUCUUGGGCGUAACAACCUUACUGUCUCCGAUAAGAGGCUUAGCCGCAAACACCUCACUAUUACUGCUUCUACCGAUGGCUCUGCAAAUUUGCUUGUGGAAGGGACAAAUCCAAUUGUUGUUAAUUCUAAGAAUAAGAGAAGGAAGCUGAACUCUAAAGAAACAAUUACUAUUUCUGAUGGAGAUGUAAUUGAGCUCAUUCCUGGUCACCAUCUUUUUAAAUAUCAAGUGUUGCGAAGAUCUUCAAGUGUUGCAGACAAUGGAGCUCAUGAAAGAAGAAGAAAUGCAGUGACACAAAAACAUGAUAAAAUUGCAGUGACAGAAAAACAUGGUUAUUUGCAGUCAUCUGAAGAGGCUAUUCGUGAUUUCCAUGUAGCUGAUGAUCAAAUACCUCGCACUUUUCGGCUUUUGCGUGUGCAAGGGUUACCGCCUUGGGCAAAUACUUCAUGUGUUUCAAUAAGUGAUGUUAUACAGGGGGAUAUUCUAGUUGCUAUCCUUUCAAACUACAUGGUAGACACUGAUUGGUUGGUUCCUGCAUGUCCAGCACUUUCAAAAGUUCCCAGUGUGCUUGUUCUUCAUGGUGAGAGUGAUGAGAGGGUGGCUUGCAUCAAGAGAAGCCAACCUGCAAACUGGAUUUUGCACAAACCACCACUUCCAAUUUCAUUUGGGACACACCAUUCAAAGGCCAUGUUUCUUGUAUAUCCUCGAGGAAUAAGAAUCAUUGUACAUACAGCAAACUUAAUUUAUGUAGAUUGGAACAAUAAAAGCCAAGGUCUAUGGAUGCAAGAUUUUCCAUGGAAAGAUCAAAAUAGUUUGAGCAAGGGAUCUGGAUUUGAAAAUGAUUUGGUUGAAUAUCUCAGUGCACUGAAGUGGCCAGAAUUCCCUGUUAAUCUUCCAUCCCUUGGAAACUUCAGUAUAUGUCCCUCAUUUUUUAAGAAGUUUGACUAUAGUGAUGCAACGGUUAGAUUAAUUGCAUCUGUACCUGGAUAUCAUUCUGGUAAUGGUUUGAAAAAGUGGGGCCAUAUGAAGCUUCGUUCUGUGCUUCAAGAGUGCACAUUUGAUAAAGAGUUUAAGAAAUCCCCCCUUGUUUAUCAGUUCUCCUCCCUUGGCUCUUUAGAUGAAAAAUGGAUGGUUGAACUGGCAUCAUCAAUGUCAGCUGGUCUCUCGGAAGAUAAAGUACCCCUUGGUAUGGGGGAGCCUCAAAUAAUAUGGCCUACUGUAGAAGAUGUCAGAUGCUCUCUAGAGGGCUAUGCUGCUGGAAAUGCAAUCCCAAGUCCUAUGAAGAAUGUGGAAAAAGCAUUUUUGAGAAAGUAUUGGGCUAAAUGGAAAGCAAACCAUACUGGUCGCACCCGUGCAAUGCCACAUAUAAAGACUUUUGCUCGAUACAAUAAUCAGAAUCUCGCUUGGUUCUUGUUAACUUCUGCAAAUCUGAGCAAAGCUGCUUGGGGAGCUCUUCAGAAGAAUAAUAGUCAGUUGAUGAUUCGUUCAUAUGAGCUGGGUGUGCUCUUUCUAUCUUCGUUAUCGAAACGUGGAUGUGAAUUUUCCUGUACUAGUAAUGUUAAACUAUCCAAGGACAAAUGCUCGGCACAGGAAACGUCUGAAAUGAAGAAAACUAAACUUGUAACCCUAACUGGGCUUACAAGGGAUACUACACAUUCAUCAUCUGAAGUUAUCAUCCAGUUACCUGUGCCUUAUGAGCUCCCUCCCUUGCCCUACUCUUCCGAAGAUGUGCCCUGGUGUUGGGACAGACGAUAUUCUAAGAAAGAUGUCUAUGGUCAACUUGGGCCUCGGAUGUAAGCAUUUCAAGGUUGAUAGCAUUCUUAGUGUAAAUAUGAAUUGGUCCCCUCUCCCGUAUUCUAACUCAAAUUUGGCAAGCUUGAAGAACAUGACACCAUUCGUUUUGCAACCUAGAGAUCUCUCAUGCAGUUGUGUGUCGUUAAUUGGACAAAGGGUACCAUGGUCUUUAGUGAAGCAACGCUCCUUUGCAGUAGGGAUCCAUUCUUUUCAUUGGAUGGGCAUGUUUAAAGUGAGCGGCUACUGUGUCAAAGCUGUAGCAAGUUAGCACUGUGUAAGUAGUUUUAGUGGAGGAUGGAUAUGGUUUAAGUAGUCUCGUGCUUCCUAGCAUUGGGAUUUUGUCUGAGUCAAAGCUAUGAGUAGCACUUUCUCCUUUUUCUCAACUCUUUGAACUGAUCACUAAUGCACAAAUCGAUGUGAACUCUCCAAUGAGAACGUGAGAAGGGCUGAAUUUUCACAUCCCUCAAUUUCUUAAAAUCCGCACGUGUCUGAAAGUGCAUUUUCGGAUUACAUAAAUUGUUUGAAAGUGCACUUGCGACACAAUUAGCAACUUUUUAGGAUUUGUAUCUUCAAAUUGAUAGUGGAGGUGGAGAAAGAUACUCCCACAUGACAAUAGCUUUAAGCUUUUGAACAUGCGUGCUAUGAAAUAAAUACAAGCAUCCCAAGCUCAUGUGCUUUCCAAUAACACAGUCUAAGGCUAAUUGUUGUUUAAGUUAAUGUAUCUUCUGCAGUAUGGAAAUGACGUGGAUGCGUUACAUUCGGUGCUUCAUAUUUUAGUCUUCAUAUUUA